AUGGCCUCCUCCUUCACCAUGCGCCCCCUCGUGCGCGCAUUGCGGACGGCGACGGCAAACCUCACCCCAGUCGCAAGAAUAGCCACGACAUCUCGCUACAAGGCCUCCGCCACUGCGGCCGCUACAUCCCCCACAAAGAGCGCACCGUCAUACGCCAGAAAAGCUCCGUCCGCAAACCCUAGCACAUCCCGCGCCGCAGCCUCCUCGAAAGCUUCGAAACCUGCCGACGCAUCCGCAAACACGAACCCCUCCUCCUCCUCAGCAACUCCUUCCGAGGCGACAACCGCAGCGCCCUCGUCAACCACGACCUUCCCGACCGCGCCACCAUACGUCCCUCCUCCCCAACACAACGGAGAACAGCAACAACACCAGCAACAGCCGAUAGACUGGUCAACAUCCUACCACGGCCUCGGCACGGCACGGUUUUCAAAGGAAAUCGUCGACAUCCUCCUGCAGCCCGUCAACCCCGCCGACGUGGAGGUGAAGCCCGACGGCAUCGUCUACCUUCCCGAGAUCAAGUACCGCCGCAUCCUGAACCAGGCCUUUGGGCCCGGCGGGUGGGGUCUCGUGCCAAAGGGCGACGUCGUCGUCGGGGAAAAGGUCGUGACGAGAGAGUAUGCUCUCAUCGCCGAAGGACGCUUCAUCUCCCAAGCGCAGGGCGAAAACGGCUACUUCUCUGUCGAGAACCUCCCCUCGGCCGUCGAGGGCUGCAAGUCCAACGCCCUGAUGCGGUGCUGCAAGGACCUCGGUGUCGCGUCGGACCUCUGGGACCCCGUCUUUAUCCGGCAGUUUCGCAAGGAGUACGCCGACGAGGUGUGGGCCGAGCACGUCACGACAAAGAGGAAGAAGCUCGUCUGGACGCGCAAGGACGUGCCGCUGGCGUAUCCUUACAAGAAGACGGCCUGA